AGACUACUGGUGGCUGCAGCUAUCAGCUGCUCAUGGACUGUGCUACAAAGGGAAUCAUGGCAAGAGAGGAAGGCCAAAUUCCCCAUGGGAUGAAACACCGGAUGACAAGGACCCAAACAGUGUCCCAGGCUGGGUCUCCCUUACAUCAGAGACCCACCAGCCACUGGGACCAUGGCCUCUUGAGGCAGCAACCUAGGCCUUCCUGAGCACAGCAUCACAGAGAAGCAUUGCAGUCAUGGGAGGCUAUAAGGCAAUUGCUUCAGUAGGUGCUUGGGGUGCUGCUGGGGUCAGAGGAAGUGUCUUGGGACCUCUGUCAUGGAUUUACACACACCAGACAAUGUAACAGGGCCUGACCCUGGGACCCUGCUAAGAAUGCUGGGUUCAAGUGAAUGUUUCCAAUGAAUCUUUUGUUAGUUCUUUGGUUAUAGCUGAAGCUGGUGCUUCCAGAGAGGAACCCCUACCCCAAUUUACACCUCUCACUUAUACCCCUGACACUCAUCACCCAAUCCAAGUCAAUCACUAAAUUCUGGUUGGCAGUAUCUUGAUUUCUUGCUGGAAAGAAAUCAAUCAAGAAUUCUUUCACUUGAGCUGGGCUGGCUGCCUUCUGAUGUUGCUUUAUUCUCCUGGGAUUGUCUCCUUAUUCCUUAUCAUCUCCAUUCUCAUAUCAUAUCAUCUUCAUGCUCAUAGCUGCUGAAUUCCAGGAGUGCUUUCUUAGCAGCAUCGUUUUAUCAAAAGUCUCUGUUUGGUCAGCUCUUACAGCUUUGGCUACUUCAGGUGCUAAAGCUGAACCAGCAGUGCUAAAGGAAACUAUUCAGGCAGGAGAAGAUAGUUCAUCAAUUUCUGCUGUAGCGUCAGCACUGAGCUGCUCAGGACCCCUGUGCCUCUGUCUGGUCCCACUCCUUCUGCACGCUCCCUGUAUUCCCACUUGUUCCCUGUAUUCCCACACUUUCCCUGUAUUCCCACUCGUUCCCUGUAUUCCCACUCGUUCCCUGAAUUCCCGCACCCUCCUGUAUUCCCGGCCGCUCUCCCUCUGUGACACCGCAGGCGAGCGCGGCCGGGGGGGCAGAGCCAGCCCGGGCUCGAGGCCGUGCCCGGCAGCGGCGGCAGCCACGGCCACAGCGUGACCAAAGGUCACCUGCGCCGCCCCGGCAGCGCCGCCGCCAUGCCCUCCCGCCGUGCGGAAUUGGUUCCUCCUUCGCCGGGAGGGGAAGCGCGGGGUGAGUGCCGGGGAGCGUGAGCAGUGCCCUGCUGGGGACAGCCCUGCGGGGGCAGCUCUGCGAGAGGCACCGCCAUGGCCCGGCAGGAGCGGGAGAAGAGCGUGGCGGAGCAGAAGGUAGCUGGCAUCUCCCGGAGGUUCUCCUUCCUGGAUGCCGCCCAGCCCCGAGCGGGCGGCCUGGCCCGCAGCUCCCAUCUCUGGUCAGCCACCCUGGGGAGCAGGGAGCGUUUCCAUGCGCUGCAGAAGAUGGACACCAACAAAAGCAUCAACUGGGGCAGGCACAGCCUGGGGAGCUGGGGCAGGACUUCAGGCAGGUUCUCCGUUAGCCCCAGCAGUACCCGGAGGAAGGAGCUGAAAGAAAUCCUCCUGCAAAGCAACAGCCCUGGCAGCACUAUGCGGUUUGCCACUGUUCAGCAGACAUCUAGAAGGAGCAGUCUUCCUGCAGGGCUGCAUCAAGAAGAGAAGCCUGAGCAGAGCCCUGAUCUGCUGCCCCUUGUCCUUGAUCCUCUGGAGCACGCAUGGCUGCUGACGGUGGCCGAGGGUGAUGCGGACAGCAUCAUCAAGCUGCUGGACCUGGAUCCCAGCCUGCUGACCAGGAGAGACUUUGUGACAGGAUUCACCGCUCUCCACUGGCUUGCCAAGCAUGGCCACCAUGAGAGCUUCAUCCAGGUCAUCUCCCAUGCCCAGAAGAAAGGCUAUCCUGUCAACAUGAACAUCCCCACAGCCAGCGGUGGGCUCACCCCUUUGCACCUGGCUGCCUUGCAAGGACACGAGGUGCUCAUCAAGUUGCUGGUGGGAGCUUAUGGGGCAGACACCACCUGCAGGGACCACAAUGGGCGCAAGGCUUGGCAAUACCUGCCGGCAGACACCUCCAGAGACCUGAAGGAACUGGCAGGGGCCUUGGAGGAGGACUUGGUCCAGCUGCACUCUCACAACACCAACAACAACUGUAAGUCAUCCAGAGAGGCUGGGGCAGGGCAGGACUCUGUGGACUCUGGGGCCAAGGGAAAAGCCGAGCACUCCUGGAGCCUGUCGACCCUCCGAGGAUUUGUUAGACAGGCAUUUGCUUUCUUCCAUGAGCACUGAAGCUCUCCUGGCUCCAUUCACCAGUAAACCCAUGCUGGAUGGCAGCUGGAAAAGCCUGCAGGGAGCCGGGAACUUGGGUGCUCAAAAUCCUGGCCAAGUGAGGGUUAAGCCAUGGCACCAUGGCCACCCUAGGUCUUGUGGUCUUUUAGAGCUGUUCUGGUGUGUGUGUGGAACACCAUGGCCACUGGGAGCAGUAGCUUGGGAGAGCCCUUCCAAAAACUGCAGAGGGGGUUAUGACCCAUGCCCCCGUGGGUGGUGACUCCUUGCUGCAUCCCAGCAGAUCCCCGUGGUCGGGGCUCACGUAUCAGCUCUGCUCUGGGGAACUGCUCCAACACCUCGUGCUCACAGGAGACCCACCAUGUGUGGAUCUGCAAACGCUUUCCAGCUCCCUGUGAGAUCCCCUGAUCUCUGCCACAUGCACCUUCUCUGGGUUGAUGUUUAUGACAGCUGAUUACAAAGCUGAUUCUCAGCAGAGUAAGAGCUAAGGGACCUGUUUGUGACGAAGAGUCCAGGCCAAGAGAAGCCUUUCACUCACAAGGGCACCCUUCCCUUGAAAUCCCCAUCCCUGAAAUGGGAUUUCAGGAAUUCCUGAAUUCCUUCAGGAAACCUGAAAUGCUCAGCCUCUUUAGGAACGGGGCCAGAGCAAAGGAGGCAGGAAGGACACAAGGGGGGCAGCAUGUGGUGGCUCCUGUGGGGAUUAGAGUUCCGGAACAGCUCUGGAAAGAUGAUUCAUUCUCAGAAAUUGUGGAAAAGGUAUGUGAAGGCUGUGAGACAGAUUAUCUUUAUUGCUACUGAGGGCAUGCUCAAAAAUGAAACUCAUGAACAUCGCUGCAGCAACAUUACAGUGCAUGUAUGUCUCUGUCACUACAUUAAAAGGGCAAAGCCUC